AUGUCUUCCGACGCUAGUUCUCGCGGUUCCGUCUCCGACCACUUCCGUUCUCGCACCUCAUCUGAUUCUUCGGGUCGUAUAUCAUCCGUUGAUCGAUUCCGGGCCAAUUCUUUUGAUGACGACCUGGAGUCCAACUUGCCUCCUCAUCGACAGAACUCGUCGAGGUCGUCUGACGCCGGCUCUUCUGUUCUUGUGGCCGAGCUGCAACGUCGCGACUCGCCCUCUCAGCGGGAUCUUGUCGGGGCUACCUCGAUCGUUCCCUUCAUUCCUAGUCUCCGAGAUGAGGAUAUUGGUGAUGUUAAGUUUGACGAUCUGGAGGCAGAGCCUGAGUUCGUCGAGAUGCCUUUCGGGGUUCCCGGACCGUCUCCCUAUCACGUUGACUUCCUGGGGCCGACCCGGACGUCAUUUGAGACCCUCGCAUAUACCCUCCAUUAUUGUGACGCUCCGUCUUCGAUUGAAACUCGCAUUCCGGCCCUAUCCGAGCGGCCUUGGUCCGCUCCGGCCGGCUUCCUCUGUGUCUAUGAGAGUUUCUUUACGGAAUGCGGUCUCACCUUUCCGAUUCCGGGCUUCCUGCUUGAAUAUGUAGCGAGGCGGGAGAUGGCUCUUUCUCAGCUUUCUGUUGCUGCCAUCCGGAAUGCGGUGGGCCUGGUUCGGCUGGCGAGUAGGUGCGGCGUGGUUGUCCGUUCUUCUCAUUACGAGGAGGUGACCAAGAUUAAGAGCCUCAGCAAGAAAAAGCCGGGCUUACACUACGUUCAGUCGUCCACGACUCCUAAGCUCGUCGACGAGGCCAAGAGCAAAACCAGUGACUGGUCGGCGGGAUACUUCUUUGUUAGGAUUUCGGCGGAAUCUGUUGAGGACGUUAGGAUUCCGAUCUAUACAGGGUGGAAAAUUUCACCCGCUCGUUUCCCGACGAUAUUUGAUCCAUUUCCCGAGCAGCUCAAGAAGGAUCUCGAAAAGAUUCGCGCUGAGGGUACAUAUAUCUGGCCAUCUACUAACAAAGUUGCUCGCCGCCCUUCUCGGAAUCCUUCACGCGGUCGCCGAGGUCGUAAAGCAAUGGGUAAGUUCGAUCUGAGUGUGGUUCCGGAUUAUGCCAGCCGUUACAAGGAGAAAAGGCCGGCCUUGGAGACUCCUGUGGCGAAGCCAACUCGCUCGGAGGAGCGACAAAUGAGGGAGGCCCUGAAGAAGAGUCUCUUAGAUCAGGGAGGGCGUCACGCCUUCCAGGCCGGAAGUUCUCGACCGUUGAGCCCCAACUCCGAGAGGGUAAAGAAAAACGAGAUGCUCGCAGCUCGCUCAACUCAGCAGGCCGGUGAGGGUGAUCGAGCUGUAAUCCUUCCCCCAAGUGACGAUCUCCGGGCCGUAGGAGCCCGAAGUGGCUCAGUCGAGCCUCUGAAUAGGAAGAGGCCGGCUGAUACGGGAGCUCGUCCGGUUGCCCAGAAGAGGCCUCGGGUCGCCGACCACCGGUGGUCGUACCGCUAUGUUGAUAGGGAUGUUCCCUUUACAUCUAAUGCGGAUGCCUGUGCUGCUCUAUUCCGCGAGAUGGGUCAUGGCCCCGGCUCGUUCCCUCUAAUUGAGGAUCUUCGGGAGCGGGAUGCGUAUACCGAGGCGGCCAGGAAAUCAUGCGAGGCGACUUUCGCGAUGAACCGCAUGGUUCAUCUCUACGAGCGCCGAGUUCGUCGGCUUUCGACCGAGAAUCCAAACUCGAGUGAUUAUCAGGCUGCCAUUGCUGCGGAGAAGGAGCGGGUAGAUCAAGUCUCGCGAGAGUUGGGUGCUGUUAAGGACGAGGCGGUGAAGCUUAGGGAGAAGGUCAACCUUCUCGAUCAUCACCGGAAUGGGCUGAUUGCGGAGAGGAACCGUUUGAGCGCCGAAGUGGAGGCAGAGAAGGCUCGGUAUGACGAGCUCGCUGUGAUCCUCCGCUCCGAAAAGGCCAGACUGCGAGAACGUCGUGCUGAGUACGGCGAGUACUGUAGAGGUAAAGCUCUUUCGAAGAUGGCCCGGCUGUUUCAGGCUCGUCUCACCCGUGUGCAGGCUCAUGUUGAGGAUACCCGUGCCGCGCAGCCCACUCUUCUGCUUUACAACCAGGCAGUCGGGAACCUUGGUUUUCUGAAGGCUUUAGUGGAAGACGGCGAGGUCGUCAUUAAGUCAGAGGAAACGCUUUCCAGGGUUGAGGCCGACGUGGCGCAGUACAGAGCUGAUCUUGCGGCCUUCGACGUAACUGAACUUCAGGAUGGCGAUUUUGACGCCUAUACCCUCUUUGCGGAUCGGGAUGAGGUUACUGAGAACCUUCAGUAUGCCGCUUCGGCUGCCAGUGGUAAGGACUUUGUCGGAGAUGACGAGGUCGAAGAAGACGCCGUUGACCAGGACACUCAGCAGGAGGUCGCAGUUGAAGCUCGUGAGACCGGGGCCGAACUUCAGGAUGGGGGUGGUCUUGAGAGCGAGGCCGCAGGCGCUGAGCAGUCUGGCGACGUCCAGGAGGUUCCACGGGUGGCUACUCCGUUAGCUCAGGUUGUCCAAGACGGGGAGGACGUUGAUAUCGAAGGCUGA